AUGUUCGCUCGUCGUUCUGAGGGUUUGCAGUUCAUGCAGGUGUCCAGCUGGCUGUUGCUUGCUGAGACAAGCUCCGGCCGUGUCGUCGGUGUGGCCAACAACGGCACGCCGGGCAUGCUCCGUGCGCCAGUGCCCGCCGAGCGCCCGAUUUUCAAGCAGUGUCUCAGCAACGUGGCUAGGCUGGUGGGACUGGCGGGGCGCCUGACGGGGCACGGUGGGGGGGGUCGGAGGGCCCUGGGAUGGUUUUUAGCGGAACAAGGCUUAACACCCAUAAGCUCAUUGAAGUCAAUCGCUAUUAGAGUUAUGCUCUCGCUAAUUAGUGGUGUUGACAAUGCGCAACAAGCCGUCUAG